GUACCAAGCUUUUAGUCAAGUCAAACCAUUUUUAACUUUGCUCGCUAGUUUGAAGCCGAGGAAUAAUUGGCUAUUAUUUUUAGCCGGCUGCUGGUGGGAGGGUCAUCCACUGAUUGGCUUUUCAAUGACUGCCGCCUCAACUUUUUAAUCCCACCGCCUCUCCCUUCUUCUUCGUCACCACCCAUUGCAAUUUCCCGUCAUCAGUUUCGUGGACACAGAUUCACCGUCCGCCACCCGCCGUUUUCCUUCCACCUGCCGACGCCCUUCCGCCGGUCUUCACGACCUUCGUUUUGCUGAAAAUCGACUCCACCGCCUCUUUACCGGAAGACAUCACCGUUGCCGAUUUCAACUCUUCUUCUUCUGUUUUAGCCACAGCCAUCUCUGGCGACACCGCCUCCGUCGGUGAGUCUGCCUCCGCCAUAGAAGAUGCGUCGAUUCGGAUUCCCUAUCCGCCACAACAGACGAGCAUGAUUAUUGUAGCCGGCUUCAAUCUUCAAUUCCUCGCCAGCUGGAACGAUUUUUGGAAAUCAGAGCUACCAUUCUCUUCUUCACCGUGAUUACGCACCAAUGAAUUGGUUGGAGCUCCCAUCAAAUGUAAUGGCCAAUAUUCUAUAGAAAAUUGGUGUUUUUGACAUACUUGACAAUGCCUAGAAAGUUUGCACUGCUUGGCUUAAAACCUACAAGGAUCCAGCCAUGUGGAGGGUCAUUUAUAUUUAUAUUUAUAUGGAGAAUCGUGUGGAUCCAUCUACAAGAGAUGUGUAAACAUGUUGUGGAUAGAAGCCAAGGACAAUUGGUUGUGAGCUUAUUAUAAUUGGUUAUUUUGUGCAUUUGUGUUUAUAAUAAAAACCAAAGAUACUUGUCAUUACUAUUUACUAGAUUGAACAAUAAUUAUCAUAACAACCUAAUAUGAAGUAAUGUGUGAUCUUGCCUUACUAUGGUUUUUAUUCCUUUACUAGAUCAAGUCACUUGAGUCUUGCCUUACUAUAGAGCAUAGAUCAUGUUUCCAUUUAUUUAUGUGUAAUUAUACAUCAGGAUAUGUAUUACUAGAUUUCUGCGUUUUUGUCAAUCAAUAAAUUUGGGAACUUUUAACGUUUUUAAUAUUUUAUUAUAGAGAAAUUAAAUAUCCUCCUACCAUUUCUUCCUACCCAUUUGAAAUGGUGACAUGUGUCAUAUUUUGAUAAAAUUAAUUAUAUUUUAAGACACUUGUCAUCAUUUAAAGUGGGUAGAAGAUAAUUAGGAGGAAAAGUAGGAGGAUGCUAUUAAGACACCCUAUAGACAUCUUUAUCAAAAGUCAACCAAUAGGUAACUAUUUUUAAUCAUCUUUUUCAAAAAACAAUGUAAUUAUAACCAAUAAAAAUACCUUAAAAAUUAUAUAGGGUGUCUAAAUGGUAAAAUAGGGUGUCCGUUUAGCCAACCCCAUUAUAAUUGAUUUCCCACAUAAUGCACAGUUGGUAUAUUUAAUAUUCUUAUGUGCGUGAAAUUUCCCCAAAAGAAGGGUUGUGAUCGUAUUGCUCCCUUGUAGUUGCCACAUUCUUUACAUGCAUUUAAUUGUGUCCAGAUACCGAUGAACUUAAUGUGGUAGUGUAUCCUAUUAUACCUUUAUCUUUUUUACCAAUUUAAUUUCACUUUUUACCUUUUUUUUUUUGGAUUUGCAACAAAAGAAGAAGACUUCUCAUCUUCUUUGACUUUUUUUAUCAGUUUACACACUAAGAUCAACACACAGAUUGAAGAUUGUUGCACAUGGGUUGCAGCAGCCACGUUUAAGAAGCUAUUAACCAGACAUAAAUGAACUAUUGCUGAAUAUCUUAACAAUAAUUGGUAUAGAGUCAUCUUUAUAUGUUUAUAAGCUGAUCUGUUCCGGAAUUUAUAAAGGGUUAGAAUAAUUUGUUAAAUGCAAAAUACCCUUUAGUAAGUAUAGGGUUUGUAAGGACAAUUUGAUCUGGGAGAGUGGAAUUCAAUUCUGUCUUUCAUUCCUAGAAAUGAUGAAAUCCAUCAUAUAUGGAUAUUGGCGGAUGUAAUAAUCACAUGUUUCUGAAAAGAUUUUAAUGGCAAUGUACUUUCAACUUUCUAUAAACUUGCCAUAAAAGUCUGAAAACAAAAAUGCCUUCCGACCCAUGCGAAGCAUGGGUUUCUUCACUAGUUAUUCGCAUGGGUUUCUUCACUAGUUAACAUUAUGGUUUUUUAAACCCAGUUUGAUGAUUUUUAAGCCAUCGGUGCAGGUAGAUUCAACUUUCAUCAUUUGCUUACUAAUUUAAGAUAACAUUUUGAGUCCAGCUAUGUGUGUGUCAAUGCUUGUGUGGUUGUGUGUGUAAGCAAGUGGAUGUGUUUUUGAGAGUGUGGUUGUUUGUGUAUGUAGGGAUGAGCGUAGGCGGGUAUCCGUCUAUUUAGGCUGGAACUGGAAUCGGAACCGACGGUUCUUCUAAAGUUGGAACCGGAACCGGUCUAAGCGGUUCUUAAAGUUUUGGAACCGGUUUCCAGGCGGUUACGGUUCCGAUAUCGAGUAACCCAAUUACAUUUUUUAUUUUUUCAAAAUAUGAAGCAUAUUAAAUUUAUCCAUUACAAACGAC